AUGGCUACUCUCCCUCAACUGCCGACCGUGGUCCUCAAAAUACUGGCUGAACUUCUUUCAAGCGAUUUUCUUCCUUUCCGGCAAACAUGCAAGAAAAUCAGGGACGGAACAGCCCAUUUUUUCGAGCACAAAUACUUCGAGACGCGUUCUGUUAUGUUUGAACGUCGCAGCCUCCAAACGCUCAUCGACAUAUCCGAGCACCACACUCUUCGUGGGAAAAUUCGGAUAUUAGAGAUAUGCCCCAAUCAUUUUCAACCCCUUGACGAACUUCGAGUAACAGAACCAGCCAUUGCAGCAUUGAAGUAUUUCGAGAUCCUAUGCGGUGAGAUUGGCAGCAGGGAAGAUAGUGAAGCAAUCAAGGAAGACCGCUUGAGUCGGCUCAAUGAGAAAGCCUACUGCGAAUACUUGGAAGAUCAAGAGCAGCUACUACGAACUGGGGACGACAUUGCGCUUCUGAAGCAAGCUAUGAAGAACCUCACACGCUGCGAAAGCGUUUGUCUUACUGAUGGCAACCCUUGGGGUUUGGAGCAUUUGCGAGAACGCAUCGGCAUAUAUCCGCAAAAAUCACUUUCAUUUAAAUCGUCAACAAGUGAAAAGCUGGUUGAACACAUGAUACAAGCUACUCUCGCUGCAAUAGCUAUGACUGAGCUACAUAUUCAGACACUUGAUAUUAGCCCCGGAUUCCAAAUGAACAACGCCAGAUGCAUCCAUCCUGGUAUGCUUAUCAGGUCAUCUGCGCUCCUUUCUGGAUCUCCUAUGAAACAUAUUUGUCGCCUAUAUCUCGUCCUAGACAAACAUUCUGGGCUUGAGAACACCUCCAAGUGGGCGCCAUCGCUGGUCCAGUUUAUCGAAUCGUUUCCCAGUCUUUCCCAUUUAUGUCUUGGAUUCGAUGAUUCUGAUGAUAUGGGUCGAUUCUCAGAGCUUUGCACAACUCUUCUCAUACCGAACCUAGAGAUGUUAUCACUCAGGUCCAUCAAUUGCGCCAGCAUGGAUUUAGCAUUUUUCCUCCUACGCCACCAAAAAACACUUCGGCGAAUUCAGCUUGACUGGGUAAUGCUCACCGACGGUAUUAAAAGCUGGCGUUGGCUGUUUGAAGUCGUGCGUGACAGUCUGGAUAUUACUUCUUUGGGAACGAGAGGUUGCUCCGGUCAACAUAGUUAUGUAGUACCCGAGUUAGAGGAUAUCGAUGCACACUGCUUGACCGAUGUUUUAGGGUCAUUGCCUAUAUAA